UGAGAUUGAAGCUGAUCUUGAAUAUCUAGAGUGUAUGAGCAGUACAGCAAGUACCGAAAAUGUUGCAGCAAAUAUGAAAAUAUUCCAUUCUACACUAGAAUUCAGGAAGUCUGAAAUUUUGUCUUUAAAGUUUGAUUUGGAGAAACUGCCUUUUGAAAUUGAGAUUCUACCAGUGGUAUCAAAUUGUAUUGUAAUAAUGAAUUCCUGUUUGAACAGAAGGCAGUAUGAAACUGCUUUAAUUAGUAAAGAACUGGAGAGUGCUGAAAAUGAGGUUGCUCAGUAUGGUCAGGAUUAUUCAACACGCCUGUCUAAAAUCGUGAAAGAAAAUGAGAUAGUUAUUCAAUGGCUAUCACCUUUGAUCAAUAAACUGAAGGAAAUUGAAGAAGAUUUGAAAUCAGAAGCUAUGAAAAUUUUAGAAGCAUGCCAAAAAUGUUACUUUGAUGUACUUGAAACAUUUAAAAUAGAAAAAGAAGCCAUUUCAAUUGAUAUAGAAAUGCUCCAAAAAGUUGAAACCUAUGAAAAAGGAAUUAUUGAUACUGAGGGUAAAGAAAUAGUUGUCACUUUGAAAGAUAUUUUUCUUGCUGCAUUUUCUUUGAAGAAAGAGGAACUGGAGAGAUUUAUUCGUAAAAAGGACAUUGAAGAUACUGUUAAAAUGAAAGCUUCUGAAAUUCUCAAAGAAGUACAAGCAGAACCUCGUAAAAGAGAAAGCAUUUCUGAGAGGAAAAGUCUUCAGAGACUGAGAAGCACAGCCAGUAUUAAAUCUAAGGAAAGUUUAACUACAGCAAGUGUAAAAGAGGAGAUGCAAUUUGGAAACUUUAUUUCAUACUUCAACAAAAUCAAGGCAGAUAGAAAAGCUAAAAUGGAAUACUUAAUCAUGAAGGAUUUUGAGGAAAUAGAAGGCUCUCUUGUAAAAACUGCAAGUUUAGAAGAUUUUCUGGAUACCCACAGUAUAGCAAGUGAAGAAUUUGAAGAAGAGCCUGCGAAAGAACCUGAGAAAUUUGUUAACAAAGUUUAUGAAGUUAAAGUUAAACAAAUUGAAGAGGAGAUUGCAAAUAAGCGACAGAAAAUCAAAGCAGUCAUAAAGUCUCGAAAAUCCUAUAUGGAGGACAUUAUAUGUAGGAAGAGAAAAGAGAUGGAAGGAAGGAUUGUUUCUGAGGAAAUGAAGAUGAAUGUUACUGUAAAUUCAAUUAAAGAACAGGGCUUACAUGUUGUGUGCACCUUGAAAGACUUAUUUUUAGAAAUAUUAAACAAAAGAGAACAAGAAAAGGAGGAAUUCACUCCUAAAGAAGAAAGUACUUUAAUUGAAACACAUGAGGAGAAAAGAAUUACUGUAAUGCUAGAAAAGUUUAUGGAUGUUAUCCUUGUGAUAAAAGAGGAAGAUAUAGCAAUGAUGAAGCAAUCAAAAAAGAAAGAUGUGGAAAAAUCUGUUUCAAACAUGAAAAUGGAAUUAGAUGAUAUCAUAAAAGUUUCUGAAGAAAAAUUGGAAGAUGUCCUUUCAGAGUAUGCUCGAAAAGAGAAAUCAAAAGCAAUGGAAUUUGCAGUUUCUGGAACUGUCUCAGUGAAAGAUGAUUCUGCAAUUUGUGAUGAAGAAAUAUUUCCAGAUGUUAAUAGGUUUCAGAUGUUUGUUAAAUCUUUGAAGUGUUCUUUAGAAAGACCUGAAAAGAAGAAAAUUGCUGUCUACACUGAUACAUCUUUCCGCACUGAAGAAAUCAUUAAAAAUAAUCCAGCUCGUAUACCUUUGCUUGGAAGCUUACCCUCCAAGUCUGAAGUGCCAAACAAACUUCUAGAGCUGUUUGAUGUGGAAGUCAGCCAUCUGAAAAAGGUUCUUAAAGACAUUGAACUUAAUAAAGCUGAAGCAAUUCAGCAUGGAAUAUCUUUCAAAACUACUGAAACUGAUGAAAGUAGUGCAGCAUUUCAACAUGCUCAAAAAUAAACGACAGCAGUCUAGUGUAUUUUGAAAACAUUGAAAAUGUAGAAAAAUGGUCCCCUCCACAAAAAGGAAUAAAAGAGGUUAUCAUUGAUGUUAAUCUUAAAGAGUUCAGUAAUGAUGCUACCUUGGACUCCAUAAUAACAAAAUUUGAUAUGAAUGUUUCUGGAAAUCCUACACUUUCAUCAAGGCUUGAGUGUUUAAUCAGUGAUUAUGGCUUAUUAGAACAGUUGAAAGUGACAUGCCUAGAGCUGCAUCAUAAUCAUCUUCUCUGUCGGAGAUGUAAUUUUGCCUAUUCGGAUGAUAAGCUGGCUUUGUCAUUUGAAGAUAUAUCUCAUUUGCUAAGUGCAAAGGUCUCUGCUGAUGCCAUUAAAGCGAUUCCAAUUCAGUCUGGUGUUCCAUCGGAGGAUGAUGUCUCAAUUGCAUGUUACAUAUGUAAAGUAAUUCUUCUGAGGGCUGCUAUCUUGACUUCAGUUUGUAUCUCAUGCAGUUUGGAAAGGCUGAACAGAGAUAAUAUCAUGAUAAUUACAAACAGCAUUCUUAUAAAGGAAUCUUUGGAGUAUCAGCAGUACCUGAAGACAUUUGUGUCUGCAUUUGUGCCUCAAAAAACA